GCCGGGAUCCCUCCGCCGGGCGGGGGAGGCUCCGGGCGAGCCGCGGCACCGCCUCGGCGCGCGGCGCCCUCCGCGCGAGGGAAGAGCUCCGCAGCGCGGCGGCGCCGGGACCGCGGCGCAGCCCCGGGGACAGGGCUCGGCCCGGCGGCGCCGCCGCCCCCGGGACAGACGCGCCCGCGGCAAGAUGGGCGCCCUGGCCCUGGCCCUGGGGAUUUUCCACUACCUGGGGCUCUACCUGCAGCUCGGCGCCGCCUCCCGGCACCCCCCGUGGGACGCCCCGGCGGCGGGCAGCGCCCUUUUCACCGAGACUCCCCACGACAUGACGGCCCAGGCGGGCGAGGACGUGGAGAUGGCGUGCUCCUUCCGAGGCAGCGGCUCCCCCUCCUACUCCCUUGAGAUACAGUGGUGGUAUGUCCGCAACCACAAGGACUGGACGGACAAACAGACAUGGGCUUCCAACCAGCUGAAAACAUCGCCGCAGGAGGAGCCUGGGAAGGACGCAACAAAAAUAAGCGUGGUGAAGGUGGUUGGCAGCAACAUCUCCCACAAGCUGCGGCUGUCACGGGUGAAGCCGGCGGACGAGGGGACGUACGAGUGCCGGGUGAUCGACUCCAGUGACGGCAAGGCGCGGCACCACAAGGUGAAGGCGUACCUGCGGGUGGAGGCGGCGGGGGGCGCGGGGCACCCCCAGGACACCCAGCUGCGGGGCGCCCCGCUGCUGGACCCCGCCAUGCCAGGCUCAGCCCACGCGCACCACCACCACCACCACCACAAAGCUGGGAAGGAGCUGAAGAAGCGCUCGGCGGACGCCUCCUGCGUGCUGUAGGUGGGCGGUGCUGGGGGAAUGCCGGAGCCCCCCACCGCCCCGGACUCAGCGGAGUCGGCGAGGGUCCCGCACCCCCCGUCAGAGACUGGCCCGAGCUCCCUGUCUUGCCCACCGACCCACACCACCCCUCCUCCUGCAGCCGCUGCCGGCUCAGUUUUGUCCCCAGCCCUGGGGUGCGGUGGUGCAGGGGCUUGGUGCAGGAGCGGGACGGUGUCCGUGCCGGGGGCGGGGGGCAUCGCUGGGACCGUGCCUGGGGCCGAGGCGUAUACCCAUGCGUGGUGGUCCCCAUCCCCGCCAGCCCCAUGCGAGCGGGCACCUCCCUGCUUGCUGCCACCCGUGGUGCCACGUGCCACGUUGUGCCCCAGCUUUGGGUGCCCAGCACAGACCCCCCCCACCCGCGGGACCCUCCCUGCCCUCCCUUGUGCUUUGCAGAACCAACCGUCUGUUCCCGUAGGACGCCCAGUUUAGUUGCUCUGUUCCAGCCCCGCAGUGCGUAUAUAAGUUCCAGCAUCCAUCUUACAGACCGUGUAUAUCACCUCUCCCUGCCCCUGCCUGCCCCAAAGCUGCCCCAGCACGUCGAGGCCUGAGCUCAGCGGAGGAAGGAUGGCAACGGCACGCUCCCGGCACGCUCCCGGCAUGCUCCCCAGCACAGCCGUGGCACUGCAGGCUGUGCCCCAGCAUCGCCCAGCCGAGCAGCCCGUGCCCGGGGAGCCGUGCUGUCAGAGCUGGCCUGCUUUCACCCAUUGCUCCUCCCGGCCCUUUGCAUUUCACGGAGGAAGGGGGGCUCAGCCGUCAGCCCUGGCUGCCCUCGUUCCAUCCCCACUGCCCGUGCCGGCACGGCUCUCGGCCCCCUGCUCCUGGCCAAGCUCCCCUUCCUCCUGUGCCACAGCACCGCACCGCCAGGGCAGGGUCCGGCUCAUGGGCUCUCGUGUUACAGUGCAAAUGGCAGAGCCCGUCCCCCGUGCCCCCCCCCCCCCGUGGGUAAACACUGCUGCUGGGGAUGGAGCCGUGGGGAGGGAGAGGGGGGUCCCCAGUCUCCCUGUCCGGGUGCUGCUCCCCGGCCGCCGCUCGCCCACACCUCCACGCCUGCCACCACCAGACCUGCUGCAGCUAAUAAAGCUCUUUAAACGAA